GUUUAGCGCUACAGCUACAGUGGUACGUCGUCGCCAUCAUGAGCCGCUUCUUAGCCGGCACGUUGGCCACCUUGCUAGGUGGCGCAGGGGGUGCCAUGUGGAGCACUUCCCAGCAUUCCGAUCAGCUCGCCGUGCAGUGCGCCAAGAAGCCUGUGAGCACCUUCUCGCCCGACGAGUUCAAACCCUUCAAACUACUCUCCUCCCGCUACGAGUCUCACGACACACGCCGCUUUUACUUUGCCCUUGGCAGCGCAGACGAGAACUUCAACAUGCCGGUGGCGUCGUGCGUUGUAGCGAAGUUCACUGACGCGGACGGCAAGGAUGUUGCUCGUCCCUACACCCCCAUCUCCUCGAACAGCACCAAAGGCCAUUUUGAGCUGCUCGUGAAGAAGUACCCGAAGGGCAAGAUGGGCAACCACUUGUUUGCGAUGCAGCCUGGCGAGGAGCUGCUGUUCAAAGGACCUUUUGAGAAGUUCGCGUACAAGCCGAACAUGUGGAAGCACGUGGGUAUGAUAGCGGGCGGCACCGGCAUCACCCCCAUGUACCAGGUGAUCCGUGGCAUCUUAGAGAAUCCAAAGGACAAGACAAACAUCUCCCUCAUCUUUGCCAACAACCAGCGCCGUGACAUUUUGCUGACCAAUGAGCUGAUGGAGCUGCAGAAGAUAUACAACAACAUCAACGUGUACCUGACGCUGCUGGAGGUUCCGCACCGCUGGUUAGGCGGCGUUGGCUACGUCAACGAGGCGAUGAUCUCAACUUUUAUGCCGAAGCCCGGCGAGAAGAACACGAAGAUCCUCGUUUGCGGCCCGCCGCCGAUGCUGCAGGCCAUCAGCGGCGAUAAGCUGUUUGAAGCCGGCAAGCCGCCUCAGCAAGGUGCCGUGGGAGGUCUGUUGAAGGCUUUAGGCUACAAGGAAGAUCAGGUCUUCAAGUACUAA